AUGUACCAGAUGGUCAACUCUACAAAGUACCUAAUGGCAGUUAGCAGUGACAAAUCGUGCGAUGGCUUGCCACAGAUGUUGUCCAAUGAACAGAGAGGUUUAGUCAACUGGUUGCUGCCAAAGGAUGAAUCCAAAAUCAAUCUGAGACCCACACGCUCGGCAUCGGAUACCAAAAACAGCAUUAAAAACUUCUCUGGCUCCAGAUUUUUCUGGCGAACAGGCUAAUAAGUUCUAUAUUUUUACAUACAAAAUUACGCCCUGAUUCUAAUUUUUACAUCAUUAACUUUUAAAA